AGCUUUCCAUGGGGACAGAAAUCUUCCUGCACGGUGGCAGACCGCUCCUUCUCUAUCGGGACGAUUGGGGAGAUCCUCCAAGCUCUGGCGAGCGCGCCCGGAGGCCGAGGGCUGGCGGGCCGACUGUCCAGCCGUCUGCUUCCUGUCCUGGUGGCCGGAGUGAAGGACAGAGACGCCGAGGUCCGAAACAACAGCGUGUUCGGGUUGGGAUGCCUGGCUGAGGCGGCGGGACCCAUCAUCGUCUCAGAUUAUCCCAUGAUGCUCUCUGUCUUCUCCAACCUGCUGGCCAAAGAGUCGGACCAGAAGGUGAUCGACAACCUGUGUGCCGCCCUCAGCAGGAUGAUCACCAGCAACGUGGGCGCCGUCCCUCUGGACCAGGUGUUUCCUGCUCUGGUGUUAAACCUUCCUCUGAAAGAGGAUCUGGAGGAGAACAAGACGGUCCUGACCUGCCUGGAUGUGGUCCACAAACACAGUCCUGCUCUG